AUGGAUCUUGUCUCCUUGCCAGGCAUUACCGUCCUGCUCUCCCUGACUGUCUUUAUGCUGCUGGUUGCAGAGAUUAUGCCCGCCACAUCGGACUCCGUGCCUUUAAUAGCUCAGUAUUUUGCCACCACCAUGGUCAUUGUUGGUCUAUCUGUAAUUGCUACAGUUAUUGUGUUACAAUAUCACCACCAUGACCCUGAUGGAGCCAAGAUGCCAAAGUGGACCCGUGUAAUUCUGCUGAACUGGUGUGCCUGGUUCCUACGCAUGAAGCGCCCGGGUGAAGAGCGGGUACGUUCAGCCUGUCACAACAAGGCUCCACGUAGCAGCCUGACCAGCAUGGAGCUCAAUGCUAGCACUUCCCAGUCCAAUAAUGGCAACUUGCUCUGUGUUGGCGUCCGUGGCCUGGAAAGCCUCCACUACUCUACAGUUGCAACCUCUGCUGAAUCUGGAGUCCUCUGCGGGCGGCUGGUUGGCCGAGCUGGUGAGGAGGAUAUUCUCCUCCCCGCAGGUCGGGGCCCGUCUGCAGGCUGCCUGGAACCAGAGAUGGCUAAGAUCCUGGAUGAAGUGCGCUACAUUGCCAAACGCUUCCGUAACCAAGACGAGGACGAGUCUGUGGGGAACGAAUGGAAAUUUGCUGCGGCUGUUAUCGACAGGCUUUGUCUCAUGGCGUUCUCUCUGUUCACUAUCCUCUGCACCAUUGGAAUUCUCAUGUCAGCACCCAACUUUGUAGAGGCCAUUUCCAAAGAUUUUUUCAAUUAAGGGCUUUAUCAAAAAAAGCCUAAACCAAUCUCCCUCAUCACAGAUUGACAUUUUUAAACUCAUUGGGCAGGAUUUGGAUAAGUGAAAGCUAAUUGGGACUUGUAUUUAACCAAAUAUUAAACAAAAAUUAAAGUCAAAAUGUCAAAGUUAAAAGUACAGGUGGGGUAGGUAAGUUUGAGAAACUAUCUCGAGAUACACUUUUUGUUAUAUUCCAUGGAAUGCUCUUAACA